GCAGCACGUUUAUUGUGUUAUUAGAGGCGCGAAGAGAACAGUGAAUUUGGAAAUUGAAAUGGCUCGUACAAAGCAGACUGCUCGUAAAUCGACUGGUGGCAAGGCCCCACGCAAACAACUGGCUACAAAGGCCGCACGUAAAAGUGCGCCAGCCACCGGAGGAGUAAAGAAGCCCCAUCGCUAUCGCCCCGGAACUGUGGCUCUCCGUGAGAUCCGUCGCUACCAGAAGAGUACUGAGCUGUUGAUCCGUAAACUGCCAUUCCAGCGGAUGGUGCGUGAAAUAGCUCAGGAUUUCAAGACAGAUUUGCGCUUCCAGAGCUCUGCUGUGAUGGCUUUGCAGGAAGCUAGCUGAGGAAAACCAACCAGCCCAAGACAC